GAAAUGCUACAGGUUGACUCCGGAAAAGCUCGUGAGUUCAGGAGCUGUCAAGUUUCCUUAAAAGCAAAACGUGGUGAAUUUAUCUCACCCGAUUCAUAAAAACGCGUGGUUUUUUUUUAGUCUUAAAUUAUUAUUUAUUAUAGAGGCUACUCUCCAGCUUGUUUAGCGAAGACAGCGAGACUAACGUCCACAUGGCUCCUCUCCGGAUUCUGUGCAUUCACGGUUACCGGCAGAACGGCAACACGUUCCGGGAAAAGACCGGAGCCCUCAGGAAGCUGCUAAAGAAGCAAGUGGAGCUUGUUUACAUGAGCGCGCCUUUGAGCGUCCAGAAAGAGGGCUCUGAAGAGGUUUGCAACGCAGAGACCGGUUCUGGUGCUGGAGGUGAGGAGGACCCAAGAGGCUGGUGGUUUUCUGACACUCAGGCCCGCAGUUUCAAUGCUCUCCAACAGUGCGAUGAGAGCCUCGGCCUUGAGGAGAGCGUGUCGGCUGUGAAAGAGGCUGUGAAGGCCCACGGCCCGUUCGACGGCAUCCUGGGCUUCAGUCAGGGAGCAGCUUUUGUCGCCAUGCUGUGCUGCCUUCAGGAACAAAAACCGGAGCCGGAUUUCACCUUCCGCUUUGCCGUUCUCGUCGCCGGCUUCCGUAGUUUGUGUAAGGAGCAUGAAAAAUUCUACAGCACCACUCUGCAGAUCCCCUCCCUGCAUGUCUUUGGACUGGAAGAUAGAGUCAUCCCUGAUCACAUGAGCAGGGACCUCCUGCCCUCCUUCCAGGAUCCCCAAGUCCUCAUCCAUCCUGGUGGACAUUUUGUUCCUGCUGCAUCUGCUCACAGACAAACAUACCAGGACUUCCUCAAGAAGUUCCAGUAAAGCCUGGAAAAUAAACUAAAACAGAAUCAGAGGCCCAUGAUUACAGUGAGGAUCAAUUUGAAAGACAUGACUUACUCCUGCAGGAAAAAAAUGUUUUUCCUGAUUAUGUUAUGCAUCCGAGACAUAAUCAGCUUUAACUGUUGUUAUUUCUCAGGAAACUAAUAAAUAACAUUUCUAAAUUUAAAAAAAUCUAUCUGUGUUUCACGUUCAAUGUUUUGAUUACAAUAUAUUGAAAUAAUAUGCCUCAUUAAGUCCUUUAUUUAUAAAAUGUAGCUUUAAAUUAUUUACAAUCAUUGAUUUAUAAUGAAGAAUAAAUACAGUGAUCUAUUUCUACUUACAACAGUUUCAUUUUACUUUAAAUAGCGGCACAAGAAGUUACUUUCAAAAUAAAAUACACCCGUGUCAAAUAAGACACAUCUGCUGCAGUAGAUUUACAGAUUCACAUUUAUAGUUUACUAAUUUACAGAAAAAACUGCUUAAGUGAAUGCUAGAUGUAGUAAAACCUGAAGUAAAAAAAAAA